AUGCUGCGCGCCCCGAGCGCCCUCGGCGCCGCCGCUCCCGGUGCUGCAGCCGCGCGGCGGAGCGGGGCCGGCGGCUCCGCCCACGGGGCGGGAAAGAAGCCGGGCCGGACCGGACCGGGCGCGGCGCAGAGCCCCGGCCACCCCCGCCGCCGCGCCCCGGGGAGAUGCUCCGCCCGGGAGCCCGAUUUCCCCGCUCCUGGGCACGGCGAGCUGCUGGCCGCCCCGGGCUGCACCGGGACACGGCUCUUGUGGGUGGGGCUGGGUUCUCCUGGGUAUGGCCUGUACAUCCAUAUGACAGAGACUGAGCAGAUACGGCUGGGCACUGAGCCCCAGAGCAGUUCCCCUGACAGGUUCAGGGUGACUCCCAGCCCCGUCUCAACAGAGCUAAUGGCCACCACUGACUUCUACCCCUGGGAGGACGGGUACUCGGGCGAGGCAGGCAUGUUGCCUGAGCUCUGUGAGAAGCAGGAAGUACAGGGCUUCGCCCGCAUCUUCCAGCCUGCCGUGUACUUGCUGCUCUCACUGCUGGGCACAAUGGGGAAUGGGCUGGUGCUGCUCACACACACCCGCUACCGCCAGGUACACAGUGUCACCGAGGUCUGCCUCUUGCACCUCGCUCUAUCUGACCUCCUGCUGCUCCUGACGCUGCCCUUCACCAUCACCAACACGCUGCAGGGCUGGUCCUCAGGCACAGCCGCCUGCAAGGCACUGCAGGGUCUCUACUCCCUCAAUUUCUACAGCGGCUUCCUCUUCCUCACCUGCAUCAGCAUAGAUCGCUAUGUGGCCAUUGUGCGGGCGCGCUCUGCCUUCCGCCUGCGCACACGAGCUCGCCACCACGGCUGGCUGACAGCGGGGCUGGCCUGGCUGCUGGCCCUGCUGCUAGCCCUGCCCCAGUUCAUCUACAGCCAGGCAGAGCAGCACCAGGAUAUCCGGCUCUGUCGUGUCGUUUUCCCCCGUGUGGUCUCACGGGCAGCUCGGGGGGCCACCAACCUGGUGCAGGUGGUGCUCGGCUUCGCGGUGCCCUUCCUGGUGAUGGCAAUCUGCUACGCAGUAGUGGCACGAACACUGCUGGCGGCCCGCGGUGCCCAGCCCCACCGGGCGCUGCGAGUGCUGCUGGCCCUCGUGCUCGUGUUUGUGGCCCUGCAGCUGCCCCACAGCCUGAUGGUGCUGCUGGACGCGGCCGAGCUGCUGGCCACCUGGGAGAUGAGCUGCGCGCAGAGCCGCCGCAAGGACCUGGCACUGCUGGUCACGGGCGGGCUGGCGUACCUGCGCUGCUGCCUCAACCCCCUGCUCUACGCCUUCCUUGGCCAGCGCUUCCGCCGGGAGCUGUGGCAGCUCGCCAGCGACGCCGGCUGCGUGGGGUCCCUCGACCCGCGGUGCUCCGGCUGCCCCAGUCCUCGCCGGCGGACAUCGCUCUCCAGCUGCUUGGACGUGAUGUAG